AUGACACCCAACAGCACCAGGGAGGUGCCCGGCGCUGUGCCCACGGGAGCCUUUGCGCUCUCCCUGGUCCUGGCGAGCCUCAUCGUCGUGGCCAACCUGCUUCUGGCCCUGGGCAUUGCCGGGGACCGCCGCCUGCGCAGCCUGCCUGCCGGCUGCUUCUUCCUGAGCCUGCUGCUCGCUGGGCUGCUCACAGGGCUGGCACUGCCCACACUGCCAGGCCUGUGGCGCCAGAGCCGCAGAGGCUACUGGUCCUGCCUCUUCCUCCACUUAGCUCCCAACUUCUCCUUCCUCUCCCUGCUCGCCAACCUGCUGCUGGUGCACGGGGAGCGCUACCUGGCCGUGCUGCGGCCGCUCCGGGCCCCCGGGAGCGCCCGGCUGGCCCUGCUCCUCACCUGGGCCGGCCCCCUGCUCUUCGCCAGCCUGCCCGCUCUGGGCUGGAACCACUGGGGCCCUGGCGCCAACUGCAGCUCCCAGGCCGUCUUCCCAGCCCCCUACCUCUACCUCGAAGUCUACGGGCUGCUGCUGCCUGCCGUGGGCGCCGCGGCCCUUCUCUCUGCCCGUGUGCUGCUCACUGCCCAUCGCCAGCUGCAGGACAUCCGCCGGCAGGAACGGGCCGUGUGCCGCGGGGUGCCCUCAGCCCUGGCCCGGGCCCUGGCCUGGAGGCAAGCGCGGGCCCAGGCCGGAGCCACGCUGCUCUUUGCGCUGUGCUGGGGACCCUACGUGGCCACCCUGCUCCUCUCGGUGCUGGCCUACGAGCAGCGCCCCCCGCUGGGGCCCGGAACUCUGCUGUCCCUGGUCUCGCUGGGCAGUGCCAGCGCAGCGGCCGUGCCCGUGGCCAUGGGACUGAGUGAUCACCGCUACACGGCUCCCUGGAGGGCAGCCGCCCGAAGGUGGCGCCGGGGGCUGCGGGGAAGAGCCUCGCGGAGCAGGCCUGGCCCCGGCACUGCCUACUGCACCAGCAGCCACAGCAGCAUGGACCUGGACUUGAACUAG